AACCAUUGCUUUUAGAAUAAUCAUGGGCCAGACUGGGAAGAAAUCUGAGAAGGGACCAGUUUGUUGGCGGAAGCGUGUAAAAUCAGAGUACAUGCGACUGAGACAGCUCAAGCGGUUCAGUAUGUUUAGUUCCAAUCGUCAAAAAAUUUUGGAAAGAACGGAAAUCUUAAACCAAGAAUGGAAACAGCGAAGGAUACAGCCUGUGCACAUCAUGACUUCUGUGAGCUCAUUGCGCGGGACUAGGGAGUGUUCGGUGACCAGUGACUUGGAUUUUCCAACACAAGUCAUCCCGUUAAAGACUCUGAACGCAGUUGCUUCAGUACCCAUCAUGUACUCUUGGUCCCCCCUACAGCAGAAUUUUAUGGUGGAAGAUGAAACUGUUUUACAUAACAUUCCUUAUAUGGGGGAUGAAGUUUUAGACCAGGAUGGCACUUUCAUUGAAGAACUAAUAAAAAAUUAUGAUGGAAAAGUACAUGGGGAUAGAGAAUGUGGGUUUAUAAAUGAUGAAAUUUUCGUGGAGCUGGUGAAUGCUCUUGGUCAAUACAAUGAUGAUGAUGAUGACGAUGAUGGAGAUGACCCUGAUGAGAGAGAAGAAAAACAGAAAGAUCUGGAGGACAACCGAGAUGACAAGGAAAGCCGCCCACCUCGGAAGUUUCCUUCUGAUAAAAUUUUUGAAGCCAUUUCCUCAAUGUUUCCAGAUAAGGGCACAGCAGAGGAACUGAAGGAAAAAUAUAAAGAACUCACCGAGCAGCAGCUCCCAGGUGCACUUCCUCCGGAAUGUACCCCCAACAUAGAUGGACCAAACGCUAAGUCUGUUCAGAGGGAGCAGAGCUUGCACUCAUUUCACACGCUUUUCUGUAGGCGGUGUUUCAAGUAUGACUGCUUCCUACAUCCUUUUCAUGCAACACCCAACACUUACAAACGGAAGAACACAGAAACAGCUUUAGACAACAAACCUUGUGGACCACAGUGUUAUCAGCACUUGGAAGGAGCCAAGGAGUUUGCUGCUGCCCUCACCGCUGAGCGGAUAAAGACCCCACCCAAACGCCCAGGAGGCCGGAGAAGGGGACGGCUCCCCAAUAACAGCAGCAGACCCAGCACUCCCACCAUUAACGUGCUGGAGUCCAAGGACACAGAUAGUGACAGGGAAGCAGGGACGGAAACGGGGGGAGAGAACAAUGAUAAAGAAGAAGAGGAGAAGAAAGAUGAGACUUCUAGCUCCUCUGAAGCAAAUUCUCGGUGUCAAACACCAAUAAAGAUGAAGCCAAAUAUUGAACCUCCCGAGAAUGUGGAGUGGAGUGGUGCUGAAGCCUCGAUGUUCAGAGUUCUCAUCGGCACUUACUACGAUAAUUUCUGUGCCAUUGCCAGGCUCAUCGGGACCAAAACAUGUAGACAGGUGUAUGAAUUUAGAGUAAAAGAGUCCAGUAUCAUAGCUCCAGCUCCCGCUGAGGAUGUCGAUACUCCUCCAAGGAAGAAGAAGAGGAAACACCGGUUGUGGGCUGCACACUGCAGAAAGAUACAACUGAAAAAGGAUGGCUCCUCUAACCACGUUUACAACUAUCAGCCCUGUGACCAUCCUCGGCAGCCUUGUGACAGUUCAUGCCCAUGUGUGAUAGCACAGAAUUUUUGCGAAAAGUUUUGUCAGUGCAGUUCGGAGUGCCAGAACCGCUUUCCCGGCUGCCGUUGCAAGGCUCAGUGCAACACCAAGCAGUGCCCGUGCUACCUGGCUGUGCGUGAGUGCGACCCUGACCUCUGUCUGACUUGUGGAGCUGCCGACCACUGGGACAGUAAAAAUGUGUCUUGCAAGAACUGCAGUAUUCAGCGUGGCUCCAAAAAGCAUUUAUUGCUGGCACCAUCUGAUGUGGCAGGCUGGGGGAUUUUUAUCAAAGACCCUGUACAGAAAAACGAAUUCAUCUCAGAAUACUGUGGGGAGAUUAUUUCUCAAGAUGAAGCUGACAGAAGAGGAAAAGUUUAUGACAAAUACAUGUGCAGCUUUCUGUUCAACUUGAACAAUGAUUUUGUGGUGGAUGCAACCCGCAAGGGUAACAAAAUUCGUUUUGCAAAUCAUUCAGUCAACCCGAACUGCUAUGCAAAAGUUAUGAUGGUGAACGGCGAUCACAGGAUAGGUAUAUUUGCUAAGAGAGCCAUCCAGACCGGUGAAGAGCUGUUUUUUGAUUACAGAUACAGCCAGGCUGAUGCCCUGAAGUACGUGGGCAUCGAAAGAGAAAUGGAGAUCCCUUGACAUCUGCUACCUCCUCCUCCCCCUCCUCUCUGAAACAGCUGCCUUAGCUUCAGGAACCUCGAGUACUGUGGGCAAUUUAGAAACAGAAAAUGCAGUUUGAAAUUCUGAAUUUGCAAAGUACUGUAAGAAUAAUUUAUAGUAAUGAGUUUAAAAAAAUCAACUUUUUAUUGCCUUCUCACCAGCUGCAAAGUGUUUUGUACCAGUGAAUUUUUGCAAUAAUGCAGUAUGGUACAUUUUUCAACUUUGAAUAAAGAAUACUUGAACUUCU